GGUGUGUGGACCUGUUCGGACGUGUUUUGUCCGGCAGGAAAAAUUUUUGAAAAUAUUGCGACUUAGUUUCCACUUAAACUUUUGGUAUUUCCGUUCAGACUUCGCUACGCUAACAGUGUUCCAGACUUUGUAUAACAGUGGCAAAUACUGGCCGUAUUGUCCUCUGAAAAGAGGCAGGAGCCAACGAAAGAAGAAGAAGAGUCGCUGACGUUGCUUGUUAUCCACGACCGGACGAGCUAACCUCUCGGCGCAGCUGACAUCUACAAUUCUUGGGCGCACCUUGAACCACAGGAAACCGGGGGACCAGGGGCAAUACUGUGGUGAGGUACUUUUGUUCGGUUUCGAAGUCAUUCCAAGUCAUUUGGAGCAAUUCGGAGUGCGAAUUCACGCGAGGAGGACCAGGAGUCCGUCUGUUAUUGGACGUCGCGAGAGGUCUCCGAUGACGUGACGGCGACGCGCGGUGAUCGAUAGCAUCCCCGCGCGCCCCUGCGACGUCACCGAGGCGAUAUAUCGUGUCUCCGUCCGAAUCGCCACCGGGCUGCUACGUCUCGCGGUUCUAAGUAGAUUAGGCGAUUAACGUUUGCCCUUUGACUGACAGCGAACUGCGCCGUGUGCAUCGGAUGCCGGGCGGCUCCCCCGACCUCGCGCACGACGCCCGGCAGCAUGUCCAACACGACGAAUUUGACGUUCACCUGCGUCAAUGAUCUCCUGCAAAAGGCCAAGAUCAAUUUUGCGGGUAAGGAGCCGCGCAACGUGUACCAGAGGCUCCCCGCUAUGCGAGAGAAGUCUAAUCUAGCGAGGAAGCAAGGGGAUGAAGAGACCGCGUACAUCAUGUUGAAGAGAUGGUUGGACUCGGUCGAGUGGCUGAGGAGAACUCGCGUUAAGGAUGGCAAGUCCUAUGCUGCGAACAUGACCGUCGACCAGAUAAAUGAAGUGAAAAACAUACUUGCAGACAUGAAGCAAAAAUUAGAAGUACGCUAUGAGCUUAAAUCGAUGAAGCAAAAUAAUACGGAAAAAAUGGUGGAAAAAAUGGAGGUAGACACAAAUGAAUCAGAUGCGCCGAAUAGCGACAUUGGAUUAAAAUUGCCAGAAAUACCGACGGAAGAACCCUUAUAUAUAAGUCUUUGUAGCGAUAGUGAUCAAUUUAUAUCGUGCGAUCAGUUGUAUUAUCUAAUACAAAAGAUAGGUAUUAGAUAUUUGAUCGUUGAUACUAGGCCGAAGGCCCAUUAUGAAAGUUCCAUGAUACUGUCGGACAGAUGUAUUAACAUCCCACAGGAUGAAAUUAAGGAAGGGUUACUGGGUUGUCACUUUAUAAAAUGUUUUUCAAAAGGCACGUAUGCGUGUAAAUUAUUUCUUAAUCGAUCGGCAAUGGACGUAGACAUUUUAGUUUUGCUAGACUGGAAUGCUACGCAAGAGACUCUGGCACAGUGUGUUCAUGUAAAAAUAUUGAAGGAGAUUUUUGAGAAUUGGGAUCCUGGUAUAAAGCAUAAUAAGAUUAAGAUUCUGAGUGGAGGCUAUCAGGAAUGGCUGGAGCGGUAUCCAGCAUUCACAACGAAUGCCAAUAUUCAAAUACCAAAUAUCAAUAAUAUUGAGAAUGAGAUUUUGGAGACAUUUGAAUAUCCAGAUUUGUCCGCAGUGUACUCUAACGAGGAAGAAGAGCGAAUAAGAAAGAACAAAUUGAAUAACAAGAAUAUGGACAUGGAAAUGGAUCAUGGUGACAAUAAAUCAUCGAUAUCCAGGCAUAUCAAAUUGAACAGCAAUGACACAGUUUCUCCAAACAAAUCCAAGAAUUUCGUUACUCAUGUAACGAUAUCAAUUGACGACAAACGGCCGUCUCGGGGCGACAGUGUGAAUGGGCAACGAUUGGAUAGUCCCGAAAGUCCAGUGUUAGGAUCUGGGCCUAGGAUAAGGUCAAAUAAAGUGUUACAAAACGUGAGCGUGAAACCGGUGAUUGAUCGCAGUAGCAAACCAAUCACCUUGAAGACGGGUGAUCCACGAUGUAAGGAAGUAUUAAGAUUUAUGAAAGAGUUGAAUGAACUGGCGAAAUCGAAAGAGAAGCUUGCCAACGAAUUGUUGGGCCAAGAAUACCAGCUUUAUUCGGCUUACACCAUCAGCUUUAUAUGGCUUACACCAUCUUUUAU